UAGAGAAGAAACUAAAAAUGUAUCCAGAAAUGGCAUCUCUACUGGCUCUCUUAGCCAUACCAUUCCAUCAUUUCAUCCACAGAGACUUCCAUGGAAUUGUCACUAGAAUGAUAUUCUUCGAUAAAUUUCUUUUCCUGAUAAUGCACAGCAUUGACAAGAUGGGGAUAUGGCAUAGGUUACCAGUGUUGUUGGGGAUGAUAUAUCUGCUUAUCCGGAGACACCUUCACCAAGAAUACAACUUGAUUAACGUGGGAACCACACCGGUUGGGGUUCGAUUUAACUCGGUUGAUUAUCCUUAUAGGACAGUCGAUGGAACUUAUAAUGAUCCUUUCAACGAAGGUGCAGGUGGUGAGGGAACCUUCUUUGGCCGGAAUACUCCUCCUGUUGUUCAUCACAAGCAUGAGCUACGUAUAAAACCAGACCCAAUGGUGGUGGCCACGAAACUUCUAGCCCGGAGAAAAUUCAUAGACACGGGAAAGCAAUUCAACAUGAUCGCAGCUUCUUGGAUUCAGUUCAUGAUACACGAUUGGAUUGAUCACUUGGAAGACACCAACCAAGUAGAGCUAACAGCACCAAGAGAAGUAGAGGGUCAGUGCCCACUCAAAACAUUCACAUUCUACAAGACCAAGGAGGUUCCAACCGGUUUCUACGAUAUCAAGAUUGGUACUUUGAACACCCGGACACCUUGGUGGGAUGGAAGCUCUAUAUAUGGGAACAACGCGAAAAUGUUGGGGAGAGUCAGAACCUAUAAAGAUGGGAAGCUCAAGAUAUCGGAGGAAGACGGCCUUCUCCUGCAUGACCAAGAUUGGGUGGCUAUAUCUAGCGACGUGCGCAACAGUUGGGCAGGUGUCUCCACCUUGCAAGCCCUAUUCGUGAAGGAACACAAUGCCGUAUGUGCUGCCCUAAAGAAGGAAUACCCUCACCUUCAAGAAGACGAAGAUCUGUAUCGACAUGCAAGACUCGUCACUUCUGCCGUCAUUGCCAAGAUCCACACUAUCGAUUGGACUGUUGAACUCCUUAAAACCGAUACAAUGCUUGGAGCUAUGCGGGGCAAUUGGUAUGGAUUUUUGGGGAAGAAAUUCAAGGAUAGAUUUGGGCAUGUAGGGGGAGCCAUCUUUGGAGGUGUGGUGGGCCUAAAGAAGACUGAGAAUCAUGGGGUUCCAUAUUCUCUGACUGAGGAGUUCGUCAGUGUUUAUAGGAUGCAUUCUCUUCUACCGGACUACCUUCACCUUUGGGAUCUUUCUACUUCUCCAGGCCCAAACAAAUCACCACCCUUACUUGAAAUGGUUCCAAUAACCGAUCUGGUCGGUAUUAAAGGAGAGAAAACUCUAUCUGAGAUUGGGUUUGAAAGACAAAUGGUUUCCAUGGGACACCAAGCAUGCGGUGCUUUGGAGCUUUUUAACUACCCAAUUUGGCUGAGAGACCUCAUUCCUCAAAACCCAGAUGGUACUGAUAGACCUGACCACGUUGAUCUCCCAGCACUUGAAGUUUAUAGGGAUAGGGAGAGGAAAGUUGCAAGGUACAACGAGUUCCGCAGGGGAGUGAUGUUAAUUCCAAUCUCCAAAUGGGAAGAUCUGACGGAUGACGCUGAAGCCAUUCAAACAUUGCGUGAAGUGUACGAUGAUGAUGUUGAGCAACUUGAUCUACUGGUGGGUCUCAUGGCCGAGAAGAAGAUCAAGGGAUUCGCCAUCAGCGAGACGGCAUUCGUCAUUUUCAUCGUCAUGGCUACCAGGAGGUUGGAAGCAGAUCGGUUCUUCACGAGCUACUUCAAUGAGGAGACUUACACAAAGAAGGGGCUUGAAUGGGUGAACACUACAGAGAGCGUUAGAGAUGUGAUACACCGCCAUCACCCAGAGAUGAUAGACAAGUGGAUGAACUCCACUAGUGCCUUCUCUGUUUGGGAUUUACCUCCCAACCCUCAUAAUCUUGUCCCUCUCUAUCUUCGCAUUCCCCACUGAGCCCUAAUUAGCUUUCAAUAUCUCACCUCUAAUGUAACUUAGUUUUUCUUACCUAUCUUUUCUUUUUUUAGUUUUUCAAUGUUUA